CUUCCUCCUGCCUCCUGAGGAGGGAAGCAGUGGCCACUGAGGCACCAUUUCUGUGAACGGGCCUAGGGCCUUACAGCUCCAUCCCAAGAGGCUGCAGCCCCCAGGACGGACAUGAAGCCGCCUCAGGGCCACAGCCUGAAUCAGCUCCUGUUCCUCUUGGCCCUUCUGGGAGGGACCCAGGCUGACCCAACCUCCAGCUGCUAUGGGAUCCCUGGAAUGCCUGGCAUGCCUGGAGUUCCAGGGAGAGACGGCCGAGAUGGGCUGAAGGGGCCCAAGGGGGAACCAGGGAUACCAGCCAUUCCUGGAACACAUGGGCCCAAGGGCCAGAAAGGAGAACCAGGACUCCCAGGUCACCCUGGGAAGAAUGGUCCCAUGGGACCGGCUGGGCCCCCAGGUGAUUCAGGCCCCCAGGGUCCACCAGGAGAGCCAGGUACCCCCGGCAAAUACAAGCUGAAGUUCCAGUCGGUGUUCUCUGUGACUCGGAAGACCCAGGAGCACCCAGAACCCAAUAGACUGGUCAAAUUCAACAUGGCCAUCACCAACCCUCAGGGGGACUAUGACGUGACCACGGGCAAAUUCACCUGCAAGGUGCCGGGUUUCUAUUACUUUGUCUACCAUGCAUCCCUGACGGCCAACUUGUGCCUCUCUCUGUUCCAGAGUGGUACCAAAAAGACCACCUUCUGUGACCAUUUAUCCAACAAAAAGCAGGUCACCUCAGGCGGGGUCCUGCUCCAGGUGGCAUUGGGUGAGGAGGUGUGGCUGGAGGUCAACGACUUUAAUGGCAUGGUUGGCACUGAGGGUUCUGAUAGUGUCUUCUCCGGCUUCCUUCUCUUCCCAGACUAGGACCUUAGGAUAGCUUGUCCAGCCUUCUUUCCACCCAUCAUCUCCCUUGCUUGCCUCAUGUCCUUUCUCCUACAAAUAGAAUGGAAGCUUCUUGAGGACAGGGGCUGGUUCAUUUUUUAACUUUGCAUACCCAGGACCUGACACCUAGUAGGCACUUAAUAAAUGCUUGUUGACUGAUUGGAGGGUUCUUCUACCUACCUAUCAGCUGAGUCUUUCUGGUCUUAUCUCUACUGUCUUGACUUGGUCAGCCCACACCAAUCUCUCCCUCCCAUGCUCAUAUGACUCAGUCUGCCUCUCUAUUUAGCUCUGAACAUAGAUUACUCGGCUUGCAGCUAACUGGUCAUACACAGCCAUCUUGCCUCCAUAAUCUGGCCGUGAGCUUCUAGAGGGCAGAACCUACACCAAUGGACCCUGGACGCAGUAGUGUUCAAUAAAUGUUGGCCAUGCUGAUAAUGUCUAGAAGACCUAAGACUCUGGAAAGCCAUCCCAGAAAUCAUGAGGGGCCCUUGAAUGUCAAGGACAAUUAUUUGUUUGUUGGUUUAUUCUUCAGAUGUAUUGCAAGGUUUUUUUGUUUGUUUCUUCUGCCUUCAUUAAAGCUAUUCGUACUCAAAGUCAUUGAAAAUA